CAAGUGUGAUCUGGUGUCUUAUACUGUGUAGUUUAAGCAGUGCAACAAUCGCGCAAAUCAACUUGCAAAAUGAAAAAUUUAUGCUACGUGUAAAAAUUUUUAAUAUCUUUAAAAUACAACAAGACAAACAACAAGUCGUAGACGCCUUGCUUGACGACACAUUCUCCGGGAUUGUGAAGAGAGCAGCCGAUUGUCCACCAGAAGACCCUAAAAAUACCACAAUUAAACCCCAUCCAGAUAAGGUACAGUGUGGAAACGGUACAGUGUGCAUCCCAAAUGCCCAAUGCAUGGCUCCGAUGGCGACUUUGAUCGAAGGCAAAUGUGAAAAUGCAGAUGAGAUCUGUUGUCCAUUCAAUCAAACAUUGGAAGAGAUUAUCAAAAAUAUUCCCGAUUGUCCAAAAUAUAUUAAAUGUAGAGCUGGCACGGAAUGUGUUGAUAGUUUGCUUUGCAAAUCUGAUAAUCCCCUUGGUGAUUGUGACAAAGGAAAAGUCUGCUGCCGUAGCGAGGAAAAGAAUAUGUGCGGAUUACGCAAAGUACCAACAAAUCAAACUUAUGGAGCUGGUUUCGGUGAAUUCCCCUGGAUGGUGUCUGUGCUCAAUGCCAAAGGAGAUUUUAUAUCUGGCGGUGUUCUGAUUGCCUCGAACAUUGUGCUGACCACCGCUAAUCUGACAAACGGCGAAGAUCUUGAUAAACUCAGUGUGCGAGCUGGUGAAUGGGACAAAGAGAGCACAGAUGAAUUGUAUCCGCAUCAAGAUCGUUCAGUCAAAAGGAUCCUGCCUCACGAGGGCUACAAGGGCGGCAAAUACAAAUACAACAACAUUGCGAUGCUCCAGUUGGAAAAACCCUUCAGCAAUGCGCCGCACAUUUCCCCCAUCUGUUUGAACAAUUCCCCGUAUUCUUUAAAUCGCACUAAUUGCUUUGUCAGCGCUUGGGGCAGUCGAUCGCGUAUUCUGAGAUCGUUUAACACCUCCUUGAUAAAUUCUAAAUCUUGCGAAUCGAAGCUUCACGCUCAAAAAAUUCAUUGGUUUGGUGAUUUCAUCCGUGACGAUCUGCUGUGCAGCAAAGCUCUACCGCAUAUCGAAACAUGCGGCGUCGAUAGCGGCUCGCCACUUGUUUGUUCUUUCAAGCGCAGUCCCAAGCAAUAUGCUUUGGUUGGCUUAGUCACCUGCGGUUGGAGGUCCACGAAGGUGAUUCACAAUCUGCAGCCGGGUAUAUAUAGCAAUGUGGCGUAUUUUGCGGACUGGAUCGAUGAACAGCAAAGUAAUUUAAAUUUGUGAUUUAUUGAAACACAUGAUAACAUUAAACAGCAACACGAUUAAUCCCAAGACUAAAACUCUAUGGAAAACUUUGAUAUCCUCACAACACGUGUCGCAGUUAACACAUUUCCUUCCUCUUGUUAUUUCUGAAUGUUUUGCUUACAUUUCUGUCCCAUCAUUUGUUGACCAAAACCAAAAUGACUGCCACACGAUAAAACUCACAUGGCCAAAAAGAAAACCAGACUGAUGGCAAACAUCACAGCGCCUAAAAUAUACAGUGCAAUCCCUUUUUUUGGCGUUUAACCUCAACGUGAACCCUGUUUGUUUGUUUGUUUAGGUGGCAACGAGAUGAUUAAAAAUAAUUUCCCUGCAAAUGUCCGCCGGUUGUUUUGCCAUCCUGUAUCCUGCACAUCGUUUAACCUCCCAACACAAACAAUGCACAAAACUACAAUGUAUUUUAUAUAGUAUAAUAGGAGACUAUGCGGCCAGCGACCUCGCUUCAAAUUUAAUUGAAACCCGACCCUCGAGAGACAAUUGCAUGCCACUCAUACACCGUACUAUAAUCCACACUACACAGAAUUUAAUUGGCCAUAAUUAAUAAGUUUAAACACUUGGCAAGUCGUCAGACAAUGUCAAAGGCUUAGAACAUUAAUCACUUGACACCAUUACGCUGCGAAAAAGCCAUCAAAAUGGGGCGCAAAUUAUAAUUAAAGUUAACACAAUUAAGCACUAAUUUUAAGAGCUCGUUUCACGAAAUGUUCCCAAAAAUGCCAGAGAAGCUGUUUCCCAUAAAUCCACCUUAAGAACCACGACGAUUCUGCACUUGAUGGUCGAGCUACCUCAUAAACCAAUUAUAACUCACGCCAAUAGCGAUAAAUCAAUAAAGCGUCCUCGGCAGAAAUAACUCGA